CGGUGCCGUCAGUGCCGCGCGCCGGAAGUGCCGCCGCAUGGCGCGGGCGGCGCGGCUGCUGGCGCUGGCGGCGGAGCGAGCGGCGGGACCGGGCUUGGCCCCGGUACCGGGCCUGGGCCUGGGCCCGGGCUGUGCCCGCCUGGUGCUGCUGCCGCCCGCCCGCGGGGCCCGGCCUGCCCCUCAUGGUGCGCAGGGGGAGCCAGCGGAGGGUGCAGCCCGCGGGCGGCCGGAGCCGGGCCCCGCGGAGUGGAGCGAGGCGGUGGCGGCCGCGGCCGGUGCCCUGCAGGCGGGCGGGCUGGUGGCCGUGCCCACGGACACGGUGUACGGCGUGGCCUGCCUGGCCCAGGACUCGGCCGCCGUGCGCAGCAUCUACAGCCUGAAGGGGCGGAACGGAGCCAAGCCGCUCGCCAUCUGCCUCGGGGACGUGGAGCGGCUCUACCGGUAUUGCCACGUGAAUGUCCCCGAGGAGCUGCUGCGGGACCUGCUGCCAGGACCGGUGACCCUGGUGUUGGAGCGUUCAGAGGAGCUCAAUAAGGACCUGAACCCCUUCACAUCGCUGGUUGGUGUCCGCAUUCCAGACCACCCCUUCAUGAGGGACCUGGCACGAGCCUGCCCGGGCCCGCUGGCCCUGACGAGCGCCAACAUCAGCUCCCAGGGCAGCACCCUGACUGUGCUGGAAUUCCAGGAUUUGUGGCCUCAGCUGUCCCUGGUCGUUGAUGGAGGCCCCAUAGGAGACAUCCAGAGCCCAGAGUGUCGCUUGGGCUCAACUGUGGUUGAUUUGUCUGUGUCAGGGAAAUUCUCCAUCAUCAGGCCUGGCUGUGCACUGGCACCCACAGUUGAGAUCCUGAAGAAGAAGUAUGGCUUGGAACCAGAAUCCUCCUAACCCUUGGGCCUGGGAGCUGGUGGAGCUGGGCACUGUGUGCCUGUGCACUCAGGACUGGGUGAUCAUGGCCUUGUUUAAUAAGGUCAAUGGGUUAUGUCAAGGUAAAUUAAAAAAAUAUUAAAGAAGAAAGACUGGAAAACA